AUGAUUUUUCCUGCGGCGACGCCCAAGCCGUUCCCGGGUACCACGACCAGAGGAGAAGAAAACCUGAUCACGCAACCCCGAGAAACUGGACAAGUAGUUCCACUCGGACACAAUGGCAGUACGACGACGGUGACAGAAGACGGGCCCAAGGCCAAGCCAUGGGCUCAUUUUGUUGCCGGAGGGCUCGGUGGUAUGGCCGCCGCCACCCUCACCUCUCCCCUCGAUGUCCUGAAGACCCGAUUACAAUCAGACUUCUACCAGGCACAGCUGCGACAGCUGCACGCGCAACACCAUGUACCGCACAAAGUCACAUUCACAUCUGUGCCUCGAGCCGCCUAUUUCCACGUCGCCGAGACCGUUCAACUGCUUAAUUCGAUAUACCAGCAUGAAGGCUUCAGAGCGCUGUUUCGCGGUCUUGGUGCAAAUUUGAUAGGUGUGGUUCCGGCACGGAGUAUUAAUUUCUUCGUCUAUGGGAAUGGAAAGAGAAUCUUGAAUAACCACUUGAACCCGGAAGGACGAGAGAACGCCUGGAGCGUUCAUCUCUUAGCGGCAGCCACAGCUGGUGUUGCAACGGGUACAGCGACCAAUCCUAUAUGGGUUGUCAAGACCCGGCUGCAACUCGACAAGAACAAUGCGAGCAACGAUCCUUCCAGAGGACGGCAGUACAAAAAUAGUUGGGACUGUAUCAGGCAAACUGUCCGGCAUGAGGGUUUUCGAGGCUUGUAUCGAGGUCUCUCAGCGUCAUAUCUGGGUGUCACUGAGUCCACGCUGCAAUGGGUCCUGUAUGAGCGGAUGAAGCUGGCACUCGCUAGACGAGAAGCCGGACGACUCGCAGCUGCUGGCUACCAACGGACCAUGCUCGACAACGUGGAAGAAUUUGGAGGCAAGUUCGGUGCAGCUGCCAGUGCGAAGUUGUUCGCCGCUGUCAUCACAUACCCGCACGAAGUCGUGAGGACUAGAUUACGGCAGGCUCCGACCGUCAUCUCCGAGACAGGAAGGCCCACCAUGAAAUACACCGGUUUGAUCCAGUGUUUCCGCAUGGUCGCCAAGGAAGAAGGCCUGGCUGGGCUGUACGGAGGCAUGACACCGCACCUGCUUCGGGCUGUGCCCAGUGCAGCGAUCAUGUUCUCCACCUAUGAGAUUGUCCUGCGGCUCUUUGGAACGACUUCAUAA